CUGUCUCUAUGCUCAAUAAGUUAAGGAUUGUAUUGACUUCCAGACUGAAGACACACGCAGGCCUGACUUGUCAGAGAGGUGUGAAGCUCUCAGGUGAAACAGCAUCCUCUCAUUCCUUCAUUAGACAAAUCACAUCAAACUGAUAAUUGUCGUCGUGCAGACUUUAAAGAGUAAUUUCCCACAAAAGGAAUCUAAUUAUUUUUCUUUCUAUCGCAUUAUCCGUCUAUUUAGCCGUAUUCACACCCCAGUGAUAACUAACGACGUCCUUCGGGAAGGUCGCAUUUUGGCACUUGAGGUUUUCUUUGAACUUUCUUUCGCCUGAGCUGUGAGAACCCAUAAACCUCCGGAGAUCUGCUUCUAUAUAAAAAUCACCUUCACUCAAUCUGCCUUGUCAUUCACCCUUCAUGUCAUCCUCGUUGCCUGGACUUGUGGUAGUCUCUGGAUAUCUCUAACAUGGACCUGGAGGAUGUUACUGCUAAAAUGCUGUCAGAGUGGAAAAGCCAUGAGAGUACUUUUGGCGAGGAUCAGGACUCACUUCAGUCCACUUCACCGCAGUCCUCCAUGGACUCCAUGUGCUCCUCGCCGGAGAUGUGCUACUCCAGCGGGCAUCAGGAGAUUGGUGACUUCUCUUUCACGGGCUUCGCAGGACGUAGGACCACUCCGACAUCGCAGAGGAUGAGCAAGCCCAAGAUGUCCACCAAAAGACGCAUGAAGGCCAGCGAGAGGGAGAAGAUGCGGAUGAGGAGUCUUGCAGAGGCUUUACACCAGCUCCGUGACUACCUGCCGCCGGACUACAGCAAGAGAGGACAACCCCUGACCAAGAUACAAACCCUCAAAUACACAAUUGAGUACAUCAACAAGCUCUCAGACAUCCUGGGCCACGCGUAAUGGAUAAAUGGACCAACUUUUACGCAUCAGGUUUUACUCUCAUCCGGACAUUUGAUGGAGUCAGUUUUUUAAAAUCUCUGAUGAGUAAUGAAACAUCUUUAAGAUAAAUUAAUAAUUGGAUUUCAUUUUGUCUUCUUUGCCCUUCUCUUGAUGUAAAUAUUGUUUAGCGGGCACUUGGCAAUUAUUUUUGUAUAUGAGGCUGCCUUUUUUGUGUUGAAAUUAUGAAUUCAGUGUUUGGAAAUAGAGUUUGCUGUUUGUAUGUAUUUGUAUUGUAUGUAUAUGUUUGGCUCGUGGUGUCUUAAUGGGUGUGAAAUACAGCUUUACUCAUGAUGAAUUUGUGUUAACAGAGAGUUCAGACAGUCACACUUGUUGAUACUGUUUUUAAUAUCUUGUACUUUGUUUACUGGUAUAUUUUUAGAACUUGAGUAGCUGCAUGAUAUUAAGUUUUGUUGUGUCUGAAAGCUAUUAAAUAAUCAGAAAUAGGCGUAUU